CCCAACCAAGCAGAUGUCUACAAAUGUUCUGUAAGAAGUCCACGAACGUGACGACUUCUGCCGCUCUCAAACGAAGAAGGGUAUCUCUACCUUGGACUCCACCCGAAUGCUCGCAUCUUGGCGCGUGUUGGUUCACUCCCUCCGUCCUCAGCUCCCCUUUUCUGAAGGCCCGUGCUCUGAAUUCCGACUCGUAACGCCAUGCCCUGAACGCGAGGCCGAGCCGCUUUCAGACCAGCUCGGCGCUUGGUUUUGGGCCUCGGAGCUUCGUAUCUGGGCUCACCGUCCAUGACCACGUCCGGUGGUGUACUUGGCGGGAAGUCCUUCCUCGCCUCCGCGAGGCCUUCUUCGAACGUCGAACAGGUAUUGAAGAACGUGGAAUGGCCAGAACAAUUUCCGUUCAAAGAGGAGGAUUUUCAGCGAGAUGAUGUGUCUCUGGAUUCUUUGUUCUACAAGGCUCCUCGUUUCGUGACACAUAUAGAUGAUCCAGCCAUUGCUGCACUUACCAAAUUUUACUCAAGGGUCUUACCUCCUAGCAACAGUCCAGGAGUCAGCAUCCUCGAUAUUUGUAGCAGUUGGAUAAGCCAUUAUCCAGCAGGAUACAAGCAAGAGAGGAUAGUUGGAAUGGGAAUGAAUGAGGAAGAGCUCAAGCAGAAUUCGGUCCUGACUGAGUACAUUGUCCAAGACUUGAAUGUGAAUCCUAAACUUCCAUUUGAAGAUAAUUCCUUUGACGUUAUCACCAAUGUGGUCAGUGUUGACUAUCUGACUAAGCCUCUUGAUGUUUUCAAGGAGAUGUCUCGGAUUCUUAAGCCAGGAGGCCAGGCAAUAAUGAGUUUCUCAGACCGUUGCUUUUGGACCAAAGCGAUCUCAAUAUGGACAUCGACAGGUGAUACAGAUCAUGUUUUGAUUGUUGGGUCGUACUUCCAUUAUGCAGGAGGAUUCGAGCCUCCUCAGGCUGUGGAUAUAUCUCCAAACCCUGGGCAAUCGGAUCCGAUGUACAUUGUGUACUCGAGAAAGGCCUCAACAACUUAAGAUACGAGAGUUGCAGAAGCAUCGCCUUAUCCAAGUAGGGAAAGAAAGUCAGACGGUCUUCAACUAAUGCGUCCUCAAAUGCCCUCUACCCCUUAAAAAUUUGCCCUCUAUGAGGAAUGCUGUUAUCUUAUAGCCGCUCGUUGUACUUUAAAACUCUAUACAGCGGUCUGGGAGCGGCGGUUACACCUAAAAUAGGUGAUUUUAGGGGCACAUGACUUACUGCUAUUGCCUAAAAAACUUAAAUCAGCUUUGUAUACAAGCAUGCAUUGUUUAUCUGCAAUACAUGUCUUUAAGAGUGUGUGUGUGCUCUGAACAUUCAUAAGAAAUAAGUUCCCCUCA